UAUUAAAACCACGGCGACACGGUCGGCAACCAGCAAUUAUCUGGCGAACGCUCGGAGCCGCGCACGCUCCAUCCGCGAACGGUUCUCGUCAGUCUCGUUUUGGUUUUCGUUUUCGUCUCGGUCGGCCGUCGCACACCGCAGUACCAAGUGAUCAAGAUUACAAGGAUUACGUACAUUGUUCCUUACUCCGUUCCGUGGCACACGUGCCGGGGAACUCGUGCUCACCAGAGGAAUAAUAGUUAGUGUCGAAGAAGCGAUCGUGAACUGGCAAGAAGUGAAGUGAUGGCACAAGUGAUGCAGUAUCAACAGAUGUGCAUGCCGACGAUGUCUCCAAUGCCAGGCAUGACGCCGAUGUCCAGCCUCGCGAUGCCGAUGCAUCAACCCUCCGCGAUGGAUUACGGGGGUCCAGGAAUUCACUAUCAGCCUUACAACCCGACGUUGAGCAGUCACCAUCUUCAGACCAGCCAAUCGAGCUACUGGUAUCCUGGAUCGACGGGUCACAGUCAAAUUACGGAGCCAUUAACACCGCCUGCGUACACCAUGCCGACUGUACCACCCUGCACAUCUUCGUGGACGACGCAGACACAUCUUCCGCAACCCCAGCUCACGGCAAUCUCAACGAUUCAGCACUAUUCCUUGCCGCCAAGUCCGCCAGAUCUUCCGAGUCCCCCGGAUCACUCGUCCCCCUAUCAAUGGCCCCUGACGCCACCUGCGGAUCACCAUCAUCAUCAUCAUCAUCAUCUCUUGACCACCGAAGAACCUGGAAAAUCUGGCCGGAAGUGCACGAGAUGUCGGUGUCCAAACUGCCAAACGGACGGCGGUGGUCAGCUAGGAGUCGACGGGAAGAGACAGCACGUCUGCCACGUGCCUGGUUGCGGAAAAGUGUACGGCAAAACCUCCCAUCUGAAGGCGCAUCUCAGGUGGCACACCGGCGAACGACCUUUCGUCUGCAACUGGCUGUUCUGCGGCAAGAGGUUCACCAGGAGCGACGAGCUGCAGCGUCAUUUGCGGACUCACACGGGCGAGAAGAGGUUCGCGUGUCCCACGUGCGGCAAACGAUUCAUGAGGAGCGAUCAUCUGACCAAACACGUGAAAACCCACGAGAACCAGAAGAGGAAGAGUUCGUCGAGCAAGAAGGAGUCCAACAAGGAGAACUCUCUGCCCGCGGUGACCGCGCAGAACGCGUAUCCACCGAUCGCCGGACAGUACACUGUCAUUUAGGGGUCGUGACGCUGCGAGAUUCGUUGGAAUUUUGUUCGGGCACGAACAUCGCGAAAAGUCGUUAACCCUCUGUCGCGUGAAAUAGAAAAUGUUGGUUAUGCGUCCACGAAUCGAGUAAUUAUUGAGGUAAAAGAUGAGUGGCCGAACUUAUGAAAAACAAAAUAUUUAUCACCGUAAGAACGCGUAUGCAUGCACGGUAGAACUGACUCGGUGAACUUUACUGGAAAUGAUUUUAAUCGAUUGAUCGUGCGGUAGAGAGUUAAGAUGGCGGUGUUCGUCUAGCUAACGUAAUUAGAAUCGCAGUUUGCACGUCCUUGUAAAUAAUCGAAUCGUUAAUGAAAGUUCCUGUCCGCUUAUGUAAUUAUUGUAAAUAGAAGAAAAAGUUGUAUAUUUUUGUAAAUUAUAUGUCAGCUUCGGUGAAUGUAAUUAUGUUGUAUAAUCCGAAUUAAAAGAAUUCCUUUUCAAUA